AGUUCCAUUAUGUGAAUACUUUGUUCUUGAACGAAAGCUAAUUGCCCGAAUUGUUAGGUUUAUUGUAUAAUUUCCACCAACCAAAUCUUUUUUGAUAUAUUUGUUAAAUAAAAUGAAAGUGCAACGAAUAUUGACUUGGUGUGGUAGUGGUAGAAGUAUAAGGACAUUAUCUUCACAAGCGAACACCUACAGCACAGUAGCCGCACCAAAUACAAAUGCCAAAACGUUAGAACGGAAAACAUUCAUUGAGCGUGUUUCAUCAGGACCGGGAUUGCAGGAAUUUUUCAAUGUCAAAGGAGUUUCAAAGCUAAAGCUACAAGAAGUUCCUGAAGAAAAUAUUAUACCAUAUCUACCAAUUGAGAGUUAUAGUGGCAAUGGACGCAAAGUAUUCUUCGAAGUUUAUGGCUGUCAAAUGAAUACAAACGACACUGAAGUUGUUUUGGCGAUAUUGGAAUCAAAUGGCUACAACAAAUGCAGCGACAUUAAGGAUGCCGAUGUAAUAAUGAUUGUCACGUGUGCAGUAAGAGAAGGAGCUGAAACAAAAAUAUGGAAUCGCUUAAAUCACUUAAAAUCCAUGAAGGAAAAACGAUCAUCGAAAAAAGGGCCGCUGCAAAUUACAGUACUGGGUUGUAUGGCAGAACGUUUAAAACAACAGCUAUUGGAAAAGGAGAAAAAUGUGGAUGUAGUAGCUGGUCCAGAUAGUUAUAAAGAUCUUCCCCGUUUACUAGCCAUAUCUAGACAUUACCAGCAAUCAGCCAUCAAUGUAUUGUUGAGCUUAGAUGAGACAUAUGCAGAUGUAAUGCCUGUAAGAUUGAAUACGGACUCACCUACGGCAUUUGUUUCUAUUAUGCGAGGCUGUGAUAAUAUGUGCACAUAUUGUAUUGUACCCUUCACCAGAGGUAGGGAACGAUCGAGAGCAAUUGAGUCAAUAAAACAAGAGGUCUUGUCAUUAAGGGAUAAUGGCAUUAAAGAGGUCACCCUUCUGGGUCAAAAUGUUAAUAGCUAUAGAGAUACAUCCAAGGAAGUAGCAUCUGAUGUAUCCACUGCCCCCGGUUUUAAGACCGUAUAUAAACCCAAAAAGGGAGGACUGCCGUUUUCGGUGUUACUUCAAGAGAUAGCUGAAACUGUUCCAGACGUGCGUAUACGUUUUACAUCGCCACAUCCCAAAGAUUUUUCUGAAGAUGUUUUAAGAAUUAUACGUGAUUACCCAAACGUAUGUAAAAAUCUCCACCUUCCCGCGCAAUCCGGUUCCAAUAGUGUUUUGGAACGCAUGCGUAGAGGCUAUACAAGAGAGGCAUAUUUACAGCUAGUCGAUACCAUACGAUCAUAUAUUCCCCAUGUUGGACUUUCCAGUGAUUUCAUAUGUGGUUUUUGCGGAGAAACUGAAGAUGAAUUUCAAGAUACUGUAACGCUAAUAGAAAAAGUACGCUACAAUGUUGCGUUUUUGUUUGCAUACAGCAUGAGAGAAAAAACCACCGCUCAUCGCAGAUAUAAAGAUGAUGUCCCGGCGGAUGUAAAAACCAACCGUCUGCAAAGAAUGGUAAAAGCUUUCCGACAGGGUGCUACAGCAUUACACAAACAUUAUGAAGGACGAAAAGAACUUAUUCUAAUAGAAGGUAUAAGUAAGAGAUCCGAAGACUUUGUUUUUGGUAGAAAUGAUGCAAACAUCAAAGUAAUAGUUCCAAUAAAAGAAUUAUCCUUAGGGCCGGUCCAUGGUACCGAAAGACGAAAAAUAACAAUUGGCGAUUAUGUGGUGGCUCACAUAAAUGAAUCGAAUUCACAAGUUUUGAAAGGAGAGCCUUUAUACCUUAGUUCUAUAUUAGACUACCAUGCUAAAGUGUAAAUAUAAUAAAAUUGUUUGUUUUUGUUUUAGAAUAUAAGAAAUAUAUUUUUAUUUUCAAUUCUAA